AUGGGCACAGAGACUGACACUAGCCUCGAUCACACUAACGGCACCUUGCAGAAGAAACUCAUUGAACUGCAUGCUUGUCCUCAACAGAGACGGGACACAGAGUUGUUCUCGUCGUCAGAAGAAGAUAGCAGCCUCUACUUUCCCUACAGUGGAGGGCGCAAUGAGCUGGAGGUCAACAACCUGCACUACGAGGUGGACACGGCGGCCCAGAUCCCGUGGUACGAGAGGCUGUCAGAGUUAAAGAUGCCAUGGGAAAUGAAGGGAGACAAGCAGACAGCCAUUAACAAGCUCAGCCUCCGGGUACACAGUGGGCAGAUGUUGGCCAUCAUAGGCAGCUCAGGCUGUGGCAAGACAUCUCUGCUGGACAUCAUCACGUGUCGUGAUGAGGGCGGUACCAUGACGUCCGGUCAGAUUCUGAUUAACGGGAGGCCCAGCACGCCGCAGCUGGUGAGGAAGAGCAUCGCUCAUGUUCGCCAGGAUGACCGCCUGCUGCCUCACCUCACCGUCCGGGAGACUCUGGCCUUUGUGGCCAAGCUGAGGCUUCCCACCCACUUCACACAGGCUCAGAGGGACAAGAGGGUUGAUGAUGUCAUUGCAGAGCUGCGGCUGCGUCAGUGUGCCCACACCAGGGUGGGCAACGACUACAUAAGGGGUGUUUCUGGAGGGGAGAGGAGGAGAGUCAGCAUAGCAGUGCAGCUUCUCUGGAACCCCGGCAUUCUGAUCCUUGAUGAGCCCACGUCAGGCCUGGACAGCUUCACAGCCCACAACCUGGUGAUCACGCUGUCCCGCCUGGCCCGGGGCAACCGCCUGGUCCUGCUGUCAGUCCACCAGCCCCGCUCAGACAUCUUCCAGCUCUUUGACCUCGUCGUCCUGCUCUCGUCCGGGUCGGCCGUCUACUUCGGUGCCGCCUGUGACAUGGUGCCUUACUUCACCGCCCUGGGACACCCCUGCCCACGAUACUGCAACCCCUCUGACUUCUAUGUUGAUCUGAUCAGUAUAGACCGGCGCAGUCCCGAGCGUGAGGCUGAGUGUCUGGAGAGAGCCAUGGUUCUGGCUCAGCAGUUCAUGGACAAGGUCCGGGACACAAACGACUACAUGUGGAAACCAGCUGGAACUGGAACGGCACCAACACACACCGACAGCCCUCAGCAGCCCAGCAGACUGGAGGGGGAGGAGGUGAUCACCGUGUCCCAGCAGAGGGACAGACUGCCUGGCAGACUGCACCAAUUCACUAUCCUCAUUAGGCGUCACAUGUAUAAUGACUUCAGAGACCUGGCCACCCUAUUGGUCCACGGCUUUGAGGCGCUCCUCAUGUCGCUGCUGGUUGGGUGUCUCUACUACGGGGCAGGACAGGAGCGUCUGUCCAUUCAGGACACCGUGUCCCUCCUCUACAUGAUCGGAGCUCUCACCCCAUUCGCUGUGGUGCUGGACGUCAUAGCCAAAUGUCACUCAGAGAGAGCCAUGCUGUACCAUGAGCUGCAGGACGGCAUGUACAAUGUCACUUCCUACUUCUUCGCCAAGGUCCUUGGGGAGUUACCAGAGCACUGUGUGUUCACCUUGGUCUACGGCGUGCCCAUAUAUUGGCUGGCAGGGCUCAAUGAGGCUCCAGAGUGCUUCCUGCUCAACUUCCUGCUGGUGUGGCUGAUGGUUUACUGCAGCCGCUCCAUGGCUCUGUUUGUAGCUGCUGCCCUGCCCACACUGCAGACCUCGUCCUUCAUGGGCAACUCCCUGUUCACUGUCUUCUAUCUGACCGGGGGGUUCGUCAUCAGCCUGGAGAAUAUGUGGCUGGUUGCCUCAUGGCUCUCCCAUGCCUCCUUCAUGCGCUGGGGUUUUGAGGGCAUGCUGCAGGUUCAGUUCAGAGGCAAAAAGUACCCUGUCUCCAUCGGAAACUUCACCUUCAACAUCGAUGGCAUACACGUGGUGGAGGCCAUGAACAUGAACCAGUACCCUCUGUACUCCUGCUAUCUGGUCCUGCUGGCGGUCUGUGUGGCCUUUAUGGUGCUCUACUACCUGUCCCUCAAAUUCAUCAAGCAGAAGUCCAGUCAAGACUGGUGA